AUGAGUGAUCAUGCAUAUUUUCUCAGCUCUUCACAACUUCCUAUCCUUCAUAGUUCUAAGCAAUAUUUGUCUUCUUACUCUCCUUCCCAUAUUUGUUCCCUUACUCCCCCUCCUGUAUUUUCCCCCUUACUCUCCCUCCCAUAUUUGUCCUCCUUACUCUCCCUCCUGUAUUUUUCUUUUUACUCUCCUUCCAUUAUUUGUCCCCCUUACUCUCCCUCCCGUAUUUGUCCUCCUUACUCUCCCUCCCAUAUUUUUCAUUUGUCCCCCUUACUCUCCCUCCCAUAUUUGUCCCCUUUACUCUCCCUCCCGUAUUUGUCCCCCUUACUCUCCCUCCUGUAUUUGUCCCCCUUACUCUCCCUCCUGUAUUUGUCCUCCUUACUCUCCCUCCUGUAUUUUUCUCUUUACUCUCCUUCCCAUAUUUGUCCCCCUUACUCUCCCUCCCAUCCAUGUCAUCCAUUCAUACAAGCUCAUUAG